UGAUCACCUGAUGAGGCAGCUCCCAGCAAGAUUAUUGGGGUACAGUAUGAAAAUGCACUAUAUACCCAGAACUGGCACUUUUCCAAGGAGGUGUGUCAGAAGUAAACGAACCGGGCACUGAAGUAUCCUAUUGUGUUGUAAUAGUCUUGCUGGAGAACUGAAGGUGUGUCUGUGCCUUUAUAAAUGCCAUGCUGCUUUUACAACUACCUCUAAUUCUUUUGGAAGAGAGCUGCAUCAGGAGUUGCAUUUGGAUAUCUAUAAGGCCUGUGCAAGGCAGAUAACAACCAAAACAGACGUCAUGAGGAUCAAAAGCUUUGGACUUCUUUGUAUGUUGAUUCUGGUCUCCCAGAUGCUGCUAGCCAACUGUGAAAGACAGAAGGAAAGAAAAAAGGGAAGACAAGUCAUAGAAGACGGUGGGAAAAAGCAAACUGAAUCUGAAAAUGAAAAAGGGCGGAAGUCAAAAGGAGGAAAAGCAUCUCCUAAAGGCAAGUUUAAAAGCAAAGAAAAUGCUGAGUGCACCUGGGCAGUGACCGAAAUGAAUGCUGCUACUAUGCACAUAGAGUGCAAGCACGGUGACAGCGAGUUCUGGUGCGAAUUCUCUGGAGACCCUUCCACCUGUCCACAGUAUGCAGCAAACCAGAAAUCCUACUGGAAACAAGUCUCCCGAUCCCUAAAGAAGCAGAAGCAGAUUUGUCAAGACCCCAAAAGUGUCCUGAAAUCUAAAGUGUGCAGGAAAGGCCCACGGAGUGCUCAUCUCAAGUUGGUCAGAUCAAGCCUACUACCAUCAGUGGGUCCUGUGAAAGGGAACACAAUUCAUCAUGAAAAAGAAGUUCUUCAGACUCCAGCAGCUGCCUCUGUGACUGAAAAAAAGCUAGAACACAGUCCUCCAGACUGUGUUGAAGACAUAGAUUAUAUUGAUCAGAAAAAGGUGGCUGAGGAAUACUGUCCAGAGAGCUUGCUUUCUUUCUGCAACUUUUUUAUCACAAUGGUGCAAGACAAAAAGUGCUGAGGAAAUGUUUCUAAAGCUCUGUAUCAUGAAAGUCCAGUCUCAUCUAAGUUACUGCAACCUAUAUCAGAUUUUAUUCUCAUGUUACAUAGUGUAUAUAAGAAAAAAAGGCAUAUAUUUUUCUGGUUUUGUAUAUACACAACAGAGUACACUUGAUGUAGUUGAAGAUGUUACAGAUUUUAUUUGCACUUAGAUUGCUACACAGGUGUUACCAAUGGAUGUUAUGUAUUCUACACAAAAGUAUAUUAGUCUCCUUGCUCCUCUUUGAGCUGUGCUAGCCAAAGUGAUGAAUUCAGUGCUAUGCACUCCUUGGUUCUGUACUUCUGUACAAUACUUUUGACCUAAAAAUUAUUAAGAAAAGUAAACUUCAAAAUAUAUUCAAAAUAUUCUCUCUCUCUCUGUGUUUAACUAUAUUUCUCUGUAAGUGCUAAGCCUUUGUCAAAGAUUGAUCUUUCACAGGAUCCAGGCAAAAUGUUGCUUAUAAAGCAGUUUUAAAAAUACUUUUGCAGCUUUACAGACUUCACCUUUCUCAGCCAAUGCAAGCAAUAAUGUGAUAGGGAACUACAUUAUCAUUAGUUUUUCAUGAUCAUGAUAAUGAACAGAAAAAAGGUUUUCAGAUUUUUCCGUAAUUUUGCAAAGCUUCAGCUUUCUACUCUCAUUAAACGAUGUCAGAAAACUUUGAAAACUUCAAGUUUCUCUUCUUCAUGAGUAUGAAACACAUUGUACUCAUUUUCUGGCAGGUAAACAGAGAUGUAGAGAUAAAAUGACUUGCACAAGUUCAUUCAUGGACCCAGGACUGGACCUCUUACUAAAGCAUUUGUGCUUAACAUUGCCUGUAUGUUCUUUUGAAGUUCCAUUUCAUGUUUUCUUUAUGUAUGGACAACACUAAUAAAUACUUUUGUAUGCAUUAGACUUCAUCUGUAAUUAAAAAAAAAUAAAUCUGACCUCUACAAAAAUAGAGAUUUUAGAAAAUGUAAAGCUUAAUAAUGGCAACUGAGCUUUGCUAAUAUUUGAAACUCUAGCUGAAAAAAUUUAAUAUAUAAGUUGCAUUUUUUGGCAUGGUCUCCUACCACAGCAGUUCACUGGGAGAAACUUGAACUUUAAUGAAAUACAAUUUUCCUCAGCUUUUCUAGCAAAUUAAAAUAAUAUUUCUAUUUCUUGAGAGAAUAUAGGCAAUUCCCUUCCAUAAUUAUCCCACCGCUAGAAUAUUUGAGAAAAUAUCUGUAAGAUGUUAUGAGUAACUCAACUCCUGCAACUUCCUUCUAUCCCUUCAUUGUCACAUAUACUCACUUUCAUUGAAAUGAGUAUGUCUGGGGAGGGCAUUUUAAUGUUACUCUGUCUUGUUUCUACAGAAAUAAAGGCGCUUACCAUUAUUUAAUA